AUGGUAAAUAAUCGUUUUGUAACCAAUCAUUCUGCAGAAUUUGAACAGGCCAAUCGCAGUCCAAUAUUUGGUUAUGAAGAUUCACCUGUACUGACAUUAGAAGAAGCUUUAGAAGAAAUAACUGUACCAAAUCUUGACAUAAUGGAUCACGUGAGAAGAGCUAAAAAGAAAUUUUAUCGACGUUCAACUUUAUUAACGCGCGAUGAAUCAGCAGCAAUAUUUUUUUAUUCAAUGCCAAGUACAUUCUACUCCUGUCUCAACAAUACACUUCGAGACGAAGAUCGAGAGAAACUGAAACCAUGGUUUCCUUUCUUAAAACUUUUCAUAACAGCUCUGACAAAAUUACCUUUAGUGAAGGAUAUUGUUUGGCGAGGAGUUAAUUUUGAUGAUACACUGACAGAAUCAAACUAUUUAUUCGAUUUUAUAAAACAACAAUAUCAACAAAAUAGUCGUAUCGAACGUAUUUUAAAUCCGGCAAAAUCAUUUCCCAUCCACGAAAGCUACAUUAAUUUAGCGAUAGUAACAACCAAAGAACAAGAUAAAAACGAAAAACAACUUCGUGACAUACAAUAUGGUGAUGCCAUUAUGAGCACUUUCGAAGAGAUCUAUGGUAUGAAAUCUACAAUAGACAUCCAGGACAUUUUUAAUACAUACCUAAAUCAACGGAAACAAGUACUCGUAUUUGGUCGAGCUGGUAUCGGAAAAUCAAUAUUUUGUCGAUAUGUCGCUUACAAAUGGGCGACAGGUGCAUUUUGGACAGAGUAUAAAUUGCUUGCUUUAAUUCCGUUACGUUGUUUAACCACCGAUCGUUAUCCUCCAUUGUCAUCUAAACAGAGCUAUUCUCUCGUUGAUCUGGUGAAGAAAGAAGUUCUCUCGAUGGAUCCACCUGAAAAGGAAGAUAGUCUUUUAACGACAGUAUUCGACGCGAAUAAAACCUUAUGGAUUUUGGAUGGAUAUGAUGAAAUUGUACAAAAUAUACCAGGACAUCUUAAAUGUUUAUUAAAACAAUUACUGAAUACUCCACAUCAUAUCGUGACAUCUCGCCCGUAUCUGAACACAUUAUCAUAUGAUACGAAAAUGGAAAUAACUGGUUUUAAAGACGAAAAUAUUAAAGAAUAUGUAGAACAAUUUUUUAAUCAAAUGGAAGACGAAUUAGAUAAUGCCAUUAUCAAGAGACAAGCAUUAUUGAAUGUCCAGAGUAAUUUUAUAAGUCGAGAAUGUAAAUGCAAAAUUGUUUCAAACAAACUUCAUUUCCCGUAUCAUUCAUGGGAGAUUUCAUCAUGCAAGCUUUGUGGAUGCGACGAUGUUUCUAUGAAGAAUUGUGAGCAGGCAUGUAAACUUAUGAUGCAAGCCUAUACAAUUACUGGCUGCGGGAAAGUUGUUAGAGAUAGCAAGGUGAAAUAUACAUGGGAUGCAAGCUCAUGUUCAAGUGGUAUGAACAAGGAAGAAUUUUCAUGUUCUUAA